AUGAAGUACAUUCAUUCUCAGGAGAUCCUUGAAAUCCCCGAGGGGGUCAAGGUUGCCAUCAAGACGAGAAUCGUGACCGUCGAGGGUCCCCGAGGCAAGCUCGUCAAGGACCUCGGCCACUUGGCCGUCAACUUCGGCCACCCCAAGAAGAACACCAUCUCGAUCGAGAUCCACCACGGCAACCGUAAGAAUGUCGCCACGCUGCGUACCGUCCGAUCGAUCAUCCAGAACAUGGUUAUCGGUGUCACCAAAGGUUUUAAGUAUAAAAUGAGAUACGUAUAUGCUCAUUUUCCCAUCAACGUCAACCUGGAUAAGAGCAACGACACCGGGCUAUGGGAAGUCGAAAUCCGAAACUUCAUCGGCGAGAAGAUUGUCCGCCGAGUCGUCAUGCAGGAGGGCGUCGACGUCGAGCUGUCCAAGAACCAGAAGGAUGAGCUCGUCCUGACUGGCAACUCUCUGGAGCGCGUUUCGCAGAGCGCUGCCGACAUCCAGCAGAUCUGCAAGGUCCGCAACAAGGAUAUCCGAAAGUUCUUGGACGGUCUGUACGUUUCCGAAAAGGGCAACGUCGUUGAGGAGUAA